AUGAAUCCUUCUCUCACUUCUUCUUCCUCAACCUUGUCGUCUUCUUCUUCGUCCUGGUUCUCCGGAAUCGUUCGAGCCGGUCGUUCCAACAGUGUCAAAAUGUCCAAUAACUCCGCCGUUGCACCCUCCGCCGACACCGUCGGCCCCGUCGUUCGCAAAAAUCAGUUCCGAGGGGUUCUUUUCAAGUACGGUCCCAAUCCUAUUCAGGUUGCAUUUAAGACUGGUGAUUAUAAGCGGCAAGUCAUUUUUAUUGGUGGAUUGACCGAUGGUUUUCUUGCUACUUCAUACUUGGAACCUCUGGCAAUUGCUCUGGACCAUGAGAAUUGGUCAUUAGUUCAAUUCCUUAUGUCAUCUUCAUACAGUGGAUAUGGCACCUCCAGCUUGCAACAAGAUGCUAAGGAGCUGGAUCAGCUGAUUAAUUAUUUAAUUAACAAAGAAGACUCUGAAGGUGUGGCAUUACUUGGGCAUAGUACUGGCUGUCAGGAUAUUGUGCAUUACAUGCGCACAAAUUUUGCUUGCUCCCGAGCUGUUCGUGCUGCCAUCUUUCAGGCUCCAGUCAGUGAUCGGGAAUAUCAAGCUACACUCCCUCACACAGCUUCUAUGAUUGACUUGGCUGCUAAGAUGAUAAGUGAAGGCCGAGGUUUAGAGUUAAUGCCAAUGGAAGCAGAUCCUACUGCCCCAAUAACUGCCUAUAGGUAUCACUCCCUUUGUUCAUAUAAUGGUGAUGAUGACAUGUUCAGUUCUGACCUGAGUGAUGAUCAAUUGAAGAUGAGACUUGGGCAUAUGUCUAGCACACAUUGUCAGGUUAUAUUUUCAAUGGCUGACGAAUAUGUGCCAGAUUAUGUUGAUAAGAAAGCUCUAGUUGAGCGGUUAUGCAAAGCCAUGGGAGGAGCAGAGAAAGUAGAGAUCGAAUAUGGAAAUCAUUCCCUCUCUAACAGAGUUGAAGAAGCUGUUGAUGCUAUUAUUGACUUCUUAAAAAGAGAGGGACCCAAGGGCUGGGACGAUCCAUGGAGUUAAUGCGGGUGUCUAUCAAUUUUCAAUGCCUUCUUUUGUUGUUAUGAUAGUUUUGAUUCCAUUUUGUCAAUCUUGCAUUUUUCUCCCAUAUAUAUAUUUUUUUGGGGUGGAGGGGUUUGAAUUUGUCGGGGUUGUUAUUUGCAACCUUAGUUUUUGUUGAUAUAUCAGAUGUUAGUAUUUAUUGUCUUAAGAAAUAUAGUGUAUCUGUUUUUUGAAUUAAUUAAUUUUAACCCAAGUAAAUUUUGCAACAUUUUAAUCAA